AUUCUAUUGUGGGAUCGGUAUCUUAUGCAUAUCUAAGUGCUCUGUCUUGCCCUCUUGAUACUGUGUACCUUCCAAUUAUUCAAAUUCCAAGAUCUGAUUUUUCUUUACGCCCAGAAUCAGAAUUUGUUUUUCAAAAAUGUGGUAUUUCUACUGUUUCACUAAUCUUUCUUGAUGAAAUUUCGGAUCUUCUCUCUAUUAUUUCAACAUCAUACAGCCUUGGCUUAAUCCUUCUAGAUCACAAUAAAUUGAUAGGAAUUUGGAAUCAGUUUUCAGAUAAAGUUGAUACAAUUUUAGACCAUCAUCAAGAUGAAGGUCUAUAUUUAAAUAUUAGCGAGAGAUGUAUUGAAAAAGUUGGAUCUGCUACAUCAUUAGUGGUUUUAAAAUUUAAAGAUGAAUGGAAAAAGAAACUUAAUGAUUAUGAAGAAGAUACACAGAAUUGGAAUGAAACUAUUGCAAAAUUUUUAUUAUCCGCAAUUUUGGUUGACACUGUGUUAUUAGACUUUUCAAGUGGCAGAACAAGCCAAAAAGAUCAAGAAGCUGUAGAUUUCUUGCUGGAUGUCAUACACCCACCAAAUCACAAGACAUUUAUUAAAAAUUAUUAUGAUGAGAUUCAAAAUUCUAGAUUUAAUAUCACUCAUCUUUCAAAUUUUGACCUAUUACGAAAAGAUUAUAAAGAAUAUAAUUUAGAAUGGACAAUAAAAAAUGAAACAAAAACUUGUGUUAUGGGAAUUAGUUCUGUAUGUUGGACUUUAAAAGAUUGGAUUCAACGUGAAGGUGGUAUUGAGAAGCUUAUGGAGACAGUGGGAAAUUAUAUGCAAGAAAAAAAAUUAGAUUUAGAAAUUAUCAUGUUGGCAUUCGAUUAUAAAGGGGAUGUGGGAUUUAAAAGAAAAAUGAUUAUUUAUUCAAAAAGAGGACCAUUUUGCCAAAAAGAAGUUUUGGAAAAGUUUGAAGAAAUUAUUGGAUUGAACGAGAUUAAAGAUUUUGGAAAUGAAGAAGGUAAUAGGGUGGAAAAGGAAGGGAGUAUAUUUAAAUGUUAUGAACAAAAUAAUGUUGAAAUGUCAAGAAAAAAAGUUUAUCCUAUUAUUAAAGAAAAUCUGAAUCUUAAACAGAUAUAUUUUCAUGCCAAGGGUAUGUUUUUUGAUAUAAGAUAA